AUGAAAUCGGUUUUCUUUUGGAUUUGUAUCAGUUUUCUAAAAGUGUCGGUGUCAGAAGAAAUCAUUGAUUGUACUCGGACUGAUGGUUAUUCAUACGAUUCAGUGACGUUAAUUUGUGGUAGUUUCGCUCGCCAUCAAUAUUAUGAUCGAUACUCUUAUAAUUAUAAUUAUCGAUAUGAAAAUGAUUAUACCCAAUGUUACAAAGCACUUUUUACCUAUUCACAAGACUCAGAAGUGAAAAUUCUGAAAACUGGUGAUUGCAGAGGAAAUAAUUUACACGAAAAACUUCGCUCCAACUUUCGAAAUUUGCGUGAAUUUGAUAUUUCAAAUUAUGGCAUUGUGUCCUUAUCGUCAUCAGACCUGAAUUUUCAAUAUUUGGAAACCUUCAAAGCAACAAAUAAUAAUCUGGAGACUAUUCCAUCAUCACUUUUCAAUAAUGUGCCGAAUUUAAAAGGAAUUUACAUAUCAUCGAAUCGCAUAAAAGUUUUAGAAACAGAAACAUUUUCAACGCUACAUGAUUUGCGAAUUUUGGACUUGAGUAAUAAUUUGAUUGUGUCUAUUAAUGCAAAACUGUUUGAAAAUAAUAAAAAAUUGAAAACGCUCAAGCUUAAAAAUAAUCCAAUUAAGGGUUUUGAUUGUGAUCUUAUGUUACUAUCGAUGAAAAUGUCAAUUGCAAUGGAGAUUUCAUGGGAAAAUGUAAAAGCGAUUGACACAAGCUGCACCGGUAAUAAGCUUGAAUUUGAACUAGAUGGCAAUGAACUUGUUUUCCGCGCAACUGACACCAAUUCCGAAUUUCGAUGCACCAAAGAGAAUUUUCAAAAUCUUCUGUAUUUGAACGUUUCCGGCAAUCGACUCUCGAAUAUUCCACAAAUGAUCGAAUUAUUGGGAUCAUCGAACAUUGAAACAUUGGACCUAUCAUCGAACGAUGUAGGAAGUAUCCAUGCAGAGGUCAUGGCGAGAGUGGGAGGUAUGAAUAUUUUUCAAAGACUCAGCAAUAUAAAAUACUUGAAUUUAUACAACGCAAACAUAUCGAGCAAUGAAUCUCUGUCAUUCUCCAAUUUAAAACAAUUUACAAGCCUUGAUCUUUCUUGCAACAAUUUGAGUGCAAUAGAAGAAGCAUUUUCAAACGAUCAUCAACUGCAAAAGCUCAACAUAUCCCACAAUAAAAUCACAAAGAUUAGCAACCGGUUAUUCUAUGGAGCAUUGAGUUUAAGUGAAAUUGAUUUAUCUUUCAACGAAAUAAAUUAUUUGAAUGUUGGAACCUUUUCGGAACUUCGUAAUCUGGUUACCUUGAAUUUGGGUCAUAAUUUAAUUGGAAUGAUUGAUAAAACGUUAUUUGCAAAAAACACGCAGAUUAAGUAUUUAAACUUGCAAGGGAAUCGAAUUAAGCGCUGGAAUAGUAACAUUUUCUUGCCACUGAUGAAUGGAGCUCGGGUUAGAAUCGACAUGAACGAAGCCGAGGAGAUUGAUACAAGCAGCGUGGGAAAUUUACUUCGAUUUGAAACUUCUUCUAAAAUACUAUUUUCAUUUCGUGUCACAAACAGUACCAAGAACUUAUCUUUUUUUAGUACCCAACUUCUGCACCUAAAACACAUGAAUAUGUCCGGAAAUCAGCUUGAUAACAUGGCACAAUUCAUCGGAAUUUUAUCAACAUCAAUCGAAACAUUGGAUGCAUCUUCGAAUUUUUUGGGAGAAAUAAAUGUGCACACGUUUGAAAAGUUUACUAAUUUAAAGCACAUGAAUUUGAGCAAUACGUCCAUCAGUUUCAACAGUUCGCCGAAUCAAUCUUGCUUCGAAAUGAAUAGGAAAUUGCAAGUACUGUCUUUGGAAAAUAAUUCAAUUAAACGUGUUGAUCGUAAUAUCUUCAUGCCACUAUUGAACUCGGCGCAAGUGUAUAUUUCAUGGAAUGAUGUUGUGGAGCUUGACACCAGCUGUCUCAACAAUUCGCUUGACAUUGACCUAAGAAGAGAAAAAACCAUCGUUUUUCGCAUGAAAAAAGGUGGCGCAGAGUUGCAUUGUACAGAAACCGAUCUUCAGCAUCUGAGAUACGUGAACAUUUCGGGUAAUCAACUGCAAAACACGGCAAAAUUCCUUGAAAAACUAGGAUCGUCCGUGGAAAAGUUGGAUCUAUCUUCGAAUUAUAUUGGAAAAUUAACACAACAUUUACUUGAAAAGUUCAAUAAUUUACAGCAUCUCGUUCUCUGUCAUACUGAUUUGACAAACUUUGGGUUCAGCUCCUUUUAUCACCAAAGGCGCUUGCGAGUGCUUGACAUUUCGUACAAUCGACUGGGAAAAGUAGAUUUUACGGUAUUUUUGAGGAAUUUUAAAGAAUUAUCUGAGCUUAAUUUGGAGGGUAAUAAUUUGACGGAAAUAAAUAGCGUGACUCGAACGAUUUUUCCAAAACUGAGUUCAUUGGGCAUUUCGAAAAAUCACUUCUCUUGCCAUUAUUUGGCGACAUUUUUAACGCAAUGGGAACAUUUACGGCUGCUUCACAAUCCAUCGAAUCAAACCAAUAUCGAUGGUGUUGAUUGCUACCAUGAUGAUGGUAAAAUUGUAGAAGCAAUGGUCACAUCCGAAGAAAUGCCAACGACCACAACUGAAAGCAUUAAAGCGACGACGUUAAAUGUUCUGAUUUCAAAAUAUGACCGGAAAUCAAUCGGGCGAUUUGAUUGUCAUUCACCGACAGAGUCAAUGCCGGUAUCAUGUGACCACAUCGAAGAGAUCGACUUAAGUUGUGUGGGAACCUCAAUCGAAAUGAAUUCCGACAAAGAAGAGAUUGUCUUCCACGUAUCAAAUGAUAGUUCCCAACUAUCUUGCACCAAAGAGCACAUGGAACAUCUUCGAUAUUUGAAUAUCUCAAGAAAUCACUUGGAAACCACAUCGAAAUUGAUUGAUUUGCUAGGAGUGUCGAUUGAAAAAUUGGAUUUAUCUUUGAAUUUCGUUGGAAAAUUACAACCGUCGACAUUUAAAAAGCUCGCCAAGUUGCAGCAUUUGAAUUUGAGCCAAACGAAUUUAUCGAAUUUCGGAUUCAGCACAUUCUAUCACCAGGGCAAUUUGAAGGUGCUUGACCUUUCUUUCAAUCAUUUGCAAAAGUUGAACUUCACCUUACUGCUUAGAAACUUUAAACAAUUGGAAAUAUUAAAACUUGAAGGGAAUGAGUUGAACGAAGUGGAUAGCGUUACACGAACGAUUUUUCCGAAAUUGAAAUAUUUGGGAAUUUCAAAGAAUCGAUUUGGAUGUGAGUAUUUGGCCGGGUUUUUGACGCAGUGGAGAGAUCUACGAUUGUUUCAUAGUCCAUCGGAUCGCACUCACAUUGAUGGGGUUGAUUGCUAUCAUGAAGAAGAGAGUACCAAACGGUGGGAAGAACAGGGAGUUACUGGUUUUAAGGUGACGACAGCAACAGUAGAAAUAGAAAAGGUGAUAAAUUCCACCGAAGCAACAAAGACAAAUGAGUUUAGGGGGACAACAGAGAAAAAAAUAUUAAAAGAGACACCAAAAAAGGAAGCAAUAGUGACUGAACAAAGCGAUAUGACUGGAAUUGAUAGCACUAUGGCGACUGAAGACACUGAAACCAUCAGUUUAAGUACCUUUGAAACAAUGACAGAAAUUACAAACGAAAUAGAAGUUACACCGGCUAUAUACCUCACUGAUACAGAUCAUAUUAAGGUUGAAUCAAGCGAAUCUCAUGAGCCAAAAAGAGGGAUGACACCUACCAUCGAUUCAACUACUGACAAAAAAUUGGUAUCUACUCCAAAAGAACCGAUGGUCUUCAAAAUGGACAACGUUCAAUCGUAUGCUCAACCCAUAAUUACUGCAUCCAGCUACAGUUUGGUAGAGUUAAGAGUAAUAGAGGUACUACUGGUAUUGUGUUUUAUAUUUUGUGUGGUAAAACUAAAGCCCAUUCAACGAAUCACUGAGAAAAUAUCAUGCAAAUCGUUGGAAAGAACUACGGCCUAUCGUCAUGAUGCCAGGAGUAGCCAACAUGGCAUCGAACUAAUUGAACAUGGAUCUACCGAGGCAUAG